UAUAGACAUAUAUGUAGAUAUAAACAAAAAAAUUCUUAAAAUUAAAAUUGAAAUGCAUGCAAUUGCAUUGCUAAAAAAACUGGAGACACUUUUUCUGUACAUUUCUGUGAGCUUCUAGACAUCUAAAUAAUAAGAAUUAAAAAUGGUUGCUUUAAAAGAGAAUAUAGGAUUCAUUGGUGGCGGCAACAUGGCAUUUGCAAUUGCUUUAGGUUUAAUAAACCGAAAUGUAAUUCAGCCUAAUCAGAUAUUAACAUCAGGACCACAUAUAGAAAAUUUAGAGCGUUGGACGAAAAUGGGUACUUCAAUUACUGUGGACAAUUAUGAAGUUGUCGAAAAAUGUGAUAUAAUUUUUUUGUGUGUAAAACCGAAAAUAUUGGAAAGUUGUUGCAAGGAUUUAUACAAAUCAUCAUGUAAUAAGUUAUCAAUUGCAGCCGUAGAUAAAAUAUUUUUAUCUGUUUUAGCCGGGGUUACAUUAGAACAGUUAGAAAAAAGUUUAAAAUUUUAUUCUGACUUAAAUGUUAAAAUAAUCAGAACAAUGCCUAAUACUUCUGUGCAAAUUGGUGAAGGAUGCAUUAUUUAUACACCAAAUUCAGCCGUAACUAAGAGCGAUUUGGCAACGAUUGAAUUGAUGUUAUCUCCGUUAGGAUUAGCCAAAGAAGUACCCGAACAAUUAAUAAAUCCACUUACAGGGGUUGCUGGAUGUGGGCCAGCCUUCGUAUACACAAUUAUUGAAGGAUUAGCUGAUGGUGCUCUUAAGCAAGGUGUACCAAAAGAAAUGGCAGUAAACUUCGCGGCUCAAACUUUGCUAGGAGCAUCUAAAACCCUUUUAUUAACGAAAAAACAUCCAGCAGUUUUGCGUGAUGAAGUUUGUUCCCCAGGUGGGUCUACAAUCGUUGGAGUACAUGAGCUUGAAAAAGGAAAUAUAAGAUCCAUCCUUAUGAAUGCAGUGGAAAAGUCAGUUGAAAAGUCAGCAGCUUUAGGAAAGAGCUCUAGUGAAAAGUCACAAUAAAUGUAAAACUACAUGACGAAAUCCUUCAAAUUAUAGUAUGAUUUUUAUGUAUAUAUUACUGUUAUCAAAAUAUAGUUAACUGAUCACAUGUAUGUACACAA